AUGCCUGGUCUAACCACAAGAGACUCAUUCGUCCUCAAAUCACUCUUCGAUCCGGAGGCCUCCGCAACAUCCGCAAAGCAUGCAUCAUCACAGACAUCACUACCUGGAAUGUCAGAAGACCGAUUCUCUGUCCACAGAUCAACCGAACUUCAGAUCAUCUCACAACUGCAAGGCGACACUUCAGACGCCGAGACUGUCCAGAAGGCAAUUCGCCAUCUAUCAUCACUAAUCGACGAAUCGCCUGGCUACGCCUCUGCAUACAUCAACCGCGCUCAAGCAAGUCGUCUGCUCAUCCCUACAAGCGGCCUCUUCACAUCCAGCCAUGCUGAAGCAAGUGGACAGCUGCUCAAAGACCUUCAGAAGGGCAUCCAGCUCGCCGCACCCACCACUCCAGGUCAACAACUGUCAACACAUCAAACAACUGUUCUCGCAGCUGCUUACACACACCGCGGCUUCCUUCUCCUCAAGAUCGCUGACAUCAUCCGUAACGGGGAGCAAGUUCAUGGUGUCAGUGACACACUCCAGUCGGCUUCUGCAGAAAGUGUUGAGGAGCAAGCAAGCAAGGACUUUGCCGCUGGAGGCCAGUAUGGAAGCAAGGAAGCACGUGAGAUGGCUGUGAGAACAAAUCCAUAUGCGAAGAUGUGUGGCGUCAUCGUCAAGGAGGCACUGAAGAAGGAGAACGAGGAAUGGAAGGCAGGUCAGCUUUGCUGA